AUCUGCUAGCAAUUCUCCUCCCCCUCUUGCAAUCCAUUCUGAAUUCUCUGAUCUUGAAUUCUUCAUCUUCUCUCUCUGCAAGAAUCUCGAGAUUUCAAGAUCGAGGAGAACUUAAAAGUUUUUACGCCAUGAUUCCGAGAGCUCCGAGCCUCUUCCAUAUCGAGGAUGGAGCUGUGGGUGUCGCGGCGUCGACGAAGAAGCCAAUGCCGGCUGACUCCGGCGAGCUCGUCGGGCUCCGGCUGAUCAUACAGCAGUCGCCGAGGCAACGGCCGCCGCUGUCCGUGCUCAGGCGGUCGGCGGUGAGGCCGUCGCCGGCGGCGACGGCGGCGGCGAGUCAGGAUGAGGCUGGUGCUCCUGCAGGCCGGGGGUUCAUGGGGUUGGGGUUCUUGAACUGCUGCUACUGCUGCCACAAGAAGCUCUACGCCGACAUGGAUGUGUUCGUCUACAAAGGGGAGCACGCGUUCUGCAGCGCGGAAUGCCGGAGCCAGCAGAUGGCGAGGGAGGAGAGGCGAGAGAUCGAGAUGCUGGUGAGGCGGCGCCGCGACGCGUUCCACCGCCGGCGAGCUUCGCCGCCGGCCAAGAUCGGUGGACACGCGAGGCUGCAGAUCGCUGCUUCAUGAUUUAUAUAUACAUAUGACAGACUUAUCGAGAUCGAGGUUCAUCUCCGCUAGUUUCUGAACAAUUUUUCAGGAGAAAUUAGGGAGGACAAUACAACGGAGACGUACGGCUACUCAUUCUGUCACAGAUUUUGUUGUCCUCGUCUACUUCACAUGUAUAAAUUGUAAUUGUAUUUUUCGAUCUCUUCUUUUCGUCUAUAACCAGCGGUAGUAGUGUAGUUGCUGCAGGGUGUAGAUGCUGCAAAUUAAGUUAAGAGUGUACAAGAAAGUAGAUGAAACUGAUGGACAUUUGACAACGUGUUUACGGAGUGUUUGAGAUAGAUUAAGAUGAAAAUAAAGUUAGCAUACGUAAAACAAGAAAACCAUUAAUAUAUUAUUAAUUGAGUUAAUUGUUAUAAACUUUAAAAA